CACUUAUUGAGAUUUCAUUCAUUACAUCGCGGAUACUUCUGAUGUUUAUUGUUUAUGUGAACAUUUAUGAAAUUGUUUUUUUUUUUUCAUUCGAGUUGUAUAUCAAAAUGAAAUAUAUUUUAGUGACUGGUGGCGUAAUAAGUGGAAUUGGGAAAGGUGUUAUAGCUAGCUCAUUUGGGACAAUUUUGAAAUGCUGUGGAAUUCCUGUGACAUCUAUUAAAAUUGAUCCUUAUAUAAAUAUAGAUGCUGGAACAUUUUCACCUUAUGAACAUGGUGAAGUAUAUGUGUUAGAUGAUGGAGGCGAAGUGGAUUUGGACUUAGGAAAUUAUGAAAGAUUUUUGGAUGUGACUCUGCACAGUGAAAAUAACAUAACCACUGGAAAAAUAUAUUUGGAUGUAAUACGAAAAGAACGAGUUGGAAACUAUUUGGGAAAAACUGUUCAAGUUGUUCCACAUAUAACUGAUGCUAUACAGGAAUGGGUUGAACGAGUAGCACAUCAACCAGUAGAUAGAAAGGAAAAUGAAAAACCUCAAGUUUGUAUUGUUGAGUUAGGUGGUACAAUUGGAGACAUUGAAGGUAUGCCUUUUGUUGAGGCAUUUAGACAGUUUCAGUUUCGCGUUGGUCGUGAGAAUUUUUGUUGUGCCCAUGUAUCUCUAGUCCCACAGCCACGUUCGACUGGAGAAUCCAAAACAAAACCCACCCAGUCUAGUGUGAGAGAAUUGAGAGGUUUGGGACUAUCACCUGAUCUUAUAAUAUGCCGAUCUGAGCUGCCUAUUGGGAAUGAAGUUAAGGACAAAAUAUCUAAUUUUUGUCAUGUUAAACCCGAAGAGGUCAUAUGCAUUCAUGAUUUAACGUCAAUUUAUCAUGUUCCUAUUUUAUUGGAUUCUCAAGGAAUUGUAAACUACUUUAAAGAACGUUUGCGACUGGAUAUACCAUUGCCUAGGCCAAAUAGAUUUAUGCAAAAAUGGCGAGAUCUGGCAAAACGGGUAGAUCAACUUCGUAAAGAAGUCAAUAUUGCUCUUGUUGGAAAAUAUACAAAAUUGGAGGAUGCAUAUACCUCUGUUAUUAAAGCUUUACAACAUGCUUCCAUUUUAGCUGGCUAUCGGCUACAGGUUAACUAUAUUUCCGCAACUGAUCUGGAGUACGAAACGAAAUUACAGAAUCCUGUUCUCUAUCAUGAGGCUUGGCAGAAAUUAUGCAGGAGCGACGGAGUAAUAGUUCCUGGUGGCUUUGGGUCAAGAGGCAUGGAGGGUAAGAUACUAGCUUGUCAGUGGUGUCGUGAGAUGAAAAAACCUUUUCUAGGAAUAUGUCUAGGUCUGCAAGCCGCUGUUAUAGAGUAUGCAAGAAAUGUCUUGAAGUUGAAGAAUGCUAACACAACUGAAAUGGAUCCAACGACAGAUGAUGCCAUAGUCAUCGACAUGCCUGAACAUCAUACUGGUACAUUGGGCGGAACAAUGCGCUUGGGAAAGCGUACUACAAUAUUCAAAAAUGAAGAUUCAUUGCUAAAGAAAUUAUAUGGUGGAAGAAAUGAGAUUCAGGAGCGACAUCGCCAUCGCUAUGAAGUUAAUCCUGCCUAUGUGGCUCGAUUGGAGGAGAAGGGCUUGAAAUUUGUUGGACAUGAUUCAGAAAAAGUGCGAAUGGAAAUUAUUGAAUUACCAAGUCAUCCUUUCUAUGUAGGAGUUCAAUAUCAUCCUGAAUAUUUAUCUAGACCGCUAAAUCCUUCCCCGCCAUUCCUGGGAUUAAUUUUAGCAUCUAUUGGACAAUUAAAUAAUUACAUUGCUCAUGGUUGCCGACUAUCUCCUAAAAAUUUGUCAGAUGAAUCAGAAGAUGAAGAAAUUACUGUGAGGAGUUUGUCCAACAAAAUAGUAGAAUCUGAACUUGAACAUGAUGAUGUGAUUGAUAUGGAGGAUUCUCUCAGCUCUUCUAGUGAAUUAGUGAAAAAUCUAAGCCAUUUAAUGGUGGGGGCAAAGAAGAAAUAUAAUGAAAUUUCUGAAACAUCCAAAGUUUGUCAAAAUAAGGAACAAGGUUUUCUUAUAGAUUCUAGCAAUGAGAAGGAUUGUAAAUGAAGUAAUUUUCACAAAGUAUGACAUGAUUUAAAUUUUGAAGUGUAACAAAGUGUUUUAUUUCAAUAUGCCCUAUUUAACUUUUUAUGUUUGAAUUUGUCAGUCAAAAAGUACCUUUGAAUAUUAUAGAAGUAAAUAAAUGUAUAAAA